AUGUUGCGCCGUGUCAAGAUCCGGCGAAACGGUCAUGCUACGGGCGGAAAGGUGGCGCUGGUCGCCGACAACUGGGCUCUCAUGCUGCAGCGAUGCGGAAGCAAGCUCUCCACCGACGCGAGCCAGUUUGUCGCGACGAGGCUCUUCACCGCUGAUGGGUUCGAGAUCGAAGCUCUUGAGGAGGUUCGCGACGGCGAUUGCAUCGUCGUCUCCGGCGGCGAAGAGUUUUUUACAACAGAGGCACCGCCGCUCGUGAGCGGCGCAAGCUCUGUCUCUGCGCCAGACCACGGCACGUCUAGUGAAGCCACUGGGGAGGGACCACCGAUACAGACGGAGGCAAAGGUGACGGCGGCGGAGGUGGCGGUGGCGGAGGAGGCAAGUGAGGGAUACGGAGGGGCGGCUGGAGCGGCUGCAGAGAUCGAGGCGGACGAGGCGGGCGAGGCGGAGAACCACACCGAGUCGGAGGUCGAGGUGGAAGUGAAUGCGCCGGAUAACACGCCCGCCGGCCUCGAGGUGGAGUGCGCCGGCCAGGCCGACUCGAGCGACGACGAGAUGGAGAUUGAGGCGGAUGAGGCGGCGGAGGCGGAAGAGGCUGCGGCCCCGGCGGUGGUGGAGGCGGAGGCGGCAGGGGCUGCGGCUCCGGUGGCAGAGGCGGAGGGCUUGCGGCUGCACCUCUCGAGCAGCAGCAGCACCGGCUACAAGGGCGUGUCAAAGGGGGAGAGGGGCAACUCCGGCCGCUUCCGAGCGCAGACCUAUACGGGCGGGGAGACCUGUCACCUCGGCUUCUUCGACACGGCGGUGGAGGCGGCGGUGGCGUACGCGCGGGCGGUCGAUGUGGCGGCGGAGGCGGCGCCUGAGGAGGAGGAGGAGGAGGAGCCUGAGGAGGAGGCGGCGCCGGCGGAGGCGGAGGUGCAGGCGGUGCGGGCGCGGUCGAUCGGAGACCUCGCGGACUACCUCGCGCACUCUGGCGCCGCCGCCGAGCAGCGUAGCGGCUGGACUUGCAAGGCUUCCCUCGUCCAGACCAGCGAUCGCGGGCGGCGAUGGCGCGUCCGCUUCCAGCACCCUCAGCUCUUUGGAGCCAAGAGCCCGUGGGUGCAGUGCGACGCGUGCGGAAAGUGGCGCCGCCUCACGCCCGAGGCGCAGGCGGCGCUGCAGGACGACGCUCCGUGGUAUUGCUCGCGGGAAGACUCGAGGGCGGGGCACGAGGAGGGCGCGGCGGGCGCCGAGUCGGCGUGCGCGCGGCCGCAGAGCCCUCUUGACGAGGGCGAGCAGGAGAUGGGCGAGUUCCAGACGCCGCUCAAGAAGAAGAAGUCGGCCAGCGGCGAGGAGAAAGAGGCCGGGCCGCUCCAAUCGGACCGACGACGCGCCCUGGCGCCUGUCCGGCUGGUCCUCGACGAGGUGCUGCGCGCCGUCGUUUGCCAGGAGGAGGCCAUGGUCGGGCUCCGCUCCUACGUCGAGAAGCGCGGAGGAGACGCCGACGAGCUGCUUUCGGGGUGGACAGCCGAGGUGUCGACGAGGCUGGCCGCAGGCGGACAGGCUGCAGGCGGACAGGCCGCAGGCGGACAGGCUGCAGGCGGACAGGCUGCAGUUGGGCAGGAGGCGGGCGGGCGGGAAGCGCGCGGGCAGGAGACGGGUGGGCCGUCGGCGGGCGAGGGGGCGGGCGAGGGGGCGGGCGAGGGGGCGGGCGCACGGGACGGUGCGCUGGGGUGCGGGCGGGCAGGCGGGCAGGGCAAGGCCGCAGAGCAGGGCGGACAGGUCGUGGGCGUGCGGUGCCAGUCCUUGCCUCCGGGGUGGGUGGCGCAGGAGCGGCAGGGGUCGGCGAGGACCUACCGCGUCUUCUACGGCCCCAACGGCGAAUACGCGGAGUCCGUGCCGCAGGCCUGGCGGGGCGGCCGCGAGAACCGGCACGGCCUGGCGGGGCGAGAGCUGGCCGAAGUCGCAAGCUUGUCUGGCGGCGGCGGAGGCGCCGACGCGGCGGGCGGCGUCGAGUCGAGCGGAGCGGGCGGCGCCUGCGGUGUGUCAGCGGCGGGCGCCGCAGCGCUUUGCAGGGCUGCAGCUCGGCGCCAGCGCUGCCGGGAGUGCGCCGCGUGCAGGGCUCCCGACUGCGGAGCGUGCUCCGCGUGCCGCGAUAUGACCAAGUACGGCGGCCCCGGCACCGCCAAGCAGUGCUGCGUCAACCGCCGCUGCCUCGGGCUGCGGCUCGCUCCGUCGAGCGCGACCUUCCGCUCGCCCGACGGGCGCGAGUUUGGCUCUGUCUCCGAGGUUGCGGCUCACUUCGGGCUGCUGCUGAGGCCGGCGCAGCUCUCGCGCUGCUGGGCGGAAUGCGACUUUUGCGGCGCGUGGCGUCGCGUGCGGGAGGAGCCCGCGCCGAGCGACCAGUUCCUCUGCGUCUUCGUGCACGAGGAGGAGGGCUGCGACGCCCCGGCCGACGCGCUUGAGGCGGGCGAGGAGGAUGUGCCCGCCGACGUGACCCCCUCCGAUGAGCCGGCGCCCAGCACGGAGGGGCUCCGCCGCUCGAGCCGCGCGCACCGAGCGGACGGGCUGCCGCGUCCAGCGCGGUCGGAGCUGGGCGGAGUGCACACUGACCAGGCGGGGCGGCACACGGCGCUCUGGUCUUCGACGCGGCGCUGCGAGCCGGGGGCGCGCGUCCUCGCGCAGUUCGGCUCCGGUGCCGACGAGCUCUGGUUCCCGGCGACAGUGCAGGCCGUCCACCGGAAUGACGUCUGCCAGUGGGUGGACGUCGCGUACGACGGCGGCGAGGUCGAGACCAGCAAGCCCAUCAAGCGCGUGCGGGCGCUAGGUAGGCAGGAUGUCGAGGAGACGGAGACCGUCGGCGGAGCUGCGGGCGGUCGCGACGGCGAGGGCGACGAGACGAAGGCCGACGAAGAGGAGUGCGAAGAGGGGAGGCCGCCGCGGUCCACACCACCGCCUGACAAGGAGGCGGCGCAGAGAGGCCAGGGGGCGGCGAUUGCGGCGGUAGCGGCAGCGGCGGCAGUGUCGGCGGCGGCGGCAGCGGCGGCGGCGGCGGCGGCGGUCUCGGCAGCGCCGCUGGAGGAGGAAGAAGACGAGGAGGCUUCCGCGGUGGAGGGCCAACAGCACCAGCAGCUACUUGUGGUGCUCCAGGAGAUGCGGCUCCACACGUUCGGCUACGAGACGGCAUUCCGAGAGCACGGCUUUGCCGAUCCGCGCCGUUUCGCUGAGAUGAGCGACGACCACCUCUCUCAGCUUGCUCUGCAGGUUUUCGGGAAGAAGGUGGGCCAUGCUGCGCGGUUUCGGAAGUGGGUCCGAGAUGAGAGGAGCCCCACGGCAUUCCGAAAGUGCAAGCACUGCCCGGUGGGGUGCACGUGGAGGUCGAAGUGCAUGUUGGUCCCGCCAUCGCCGCCGACGCCGUCGCCCUCGUCCGCCUCGGAGGCGGAGGUCGUCGAGCGGGGCGUCUCGCCCGUCGCGAACCUGCCGCCGAACACGGCGUCGGCCGGCGCCGAGACGCCGGCAGCCGUGAUCAGGUCGGCGACCUUUCGGUCCCUGCAGGCCGCAUCAAUUUUGCCGCACCGGGACGGCUCGCUUGAGCUGCUGCAAGGUUGA